UUUCAUUUACAGCAAAACCUUCAGCACAUCCUACAUGCAUGUAGUAAUGGUUUUAUGCUGACUUAAACUGAGCCUGUGCAGUUUAAGAUGGUUCUUCUUCAGCCUCAGAUGUGGCAGCUCCUGUUGAUGUGCCUCGGAGGACUCCUGCAGACUAAUGUUUGUGGAGGUCAGCAGUCAGUACAGAUCCAGGAUGGUCCAUUGUACCGUGUUAAGGGAUUUCCAAUGUCCAUCUCCUGUAAUGUUAGUGGCCUUAAGGAUACAAGGACUCAAACUUUUGAAUUUUUAGUCUAUAAACCACAGAAACCAGAUCAUGCAAUCCAGAUUAUCAGCACGAAUGACCCAAAUUAUGCUUAUGCAGUGUACAAUACAAGAGUGCGUGAGAAAAACAUAGUGAUUGAAAGGCUGUCAGGGACUUCGGUUAUCUUCCACAUUAAGUCUCUGAAAGCAGAAGAUUCUGGAAAAUAUGAAUGUUACACUCCAAAUACAGAUACGGCGUAUUUAGGACUCUACAGUGCGGCAACAACAGUGAAUGUGAUUGAGGAUACUUUGAUGGCAUCCUACUCUGGACCUGCGUCUCAUAGCAUCUCUGAGGGUGAAUCCCUUCAACUAGAAUGCCAAGUCUCCAGUCAGACCUUCCAACACACUCAUCUGUCUGUCACAUGGUAUCUGCGUGGUAGCACUAACACCAGGCCUAUCAUCAGUUUGGACCGAGAUUUAACCGUGAGACCUGGACCAGAUUUUGAUGACAGAUAUCGUUCUGGGCUCAUACAUAUGGAGAAGAUAGAAGACACCACCUACAGACUCAAGAUAAGUCAGGUACAGCAGUCUGACAGUGGCGAGAUCUAUUGCCAGGCUGACGAGUGGGUCCAAGACCCAGAUCGCGCUUGGUUUAGGAUUUGUCACAAGAACACCACAAGCUCCAACAUAGAGGUCAAAGCUCUAGACACAGCUCCUAGAGUGGGAUCUUUUGUUACUCAAAUUCGGGUUCUGAAAGGGGUCCUUAAGGAAGGAGAUGUGAUGGAGAUCCACUGCAGCAUUGAGGCUCAGAACCUUCCUGGAUAUUUCUUCUCCAUGACUUGGCUGAGAAACAACGUGGAAGUGGCUCAAAUUGGUCCCUCUGGUGUGCUGUCUGUAGCCAACACCUACGUGAAAAGAGAAAAUGAUGGUGAGCUGAGACCUGUGAAGAAGGGGGAUAGAACCUUUGUUCUCACUCUCCAACCAGUUAGGGCUGAAGAUCAGGGUGUGUAUCAUUGCAAAGCUGUACAAGAGGAGAAGACAGAGACUGGGUCCUUUAUCAGAGGAAAAAGCCAGCUAUCACAUGAAGAAACUGUAAAUAUCAGAGCCAAAGAGAGUGGUUUGUCUGUGGUCAUGACAAAGCAGCAGGUUAAUGUGAUUGAAGGAGAAGCACUACAAAUCAGUUGCAGUGUCUCUGGAGCCAAAGGGCUGCUGUCUGUGUCAUGGCAGCACAAAAAAUUUACAGGCAGCUCUUUCAGCGAUGUCAUAGCCCUGAGUCGUGAGGGGGUGAUGGGAGCUGUCGGGGCUCAGUAUGAACACAGAGACUUGCGUACAUUUCGUUCUAAUGCUACUGAUUUCAUUUUGGAGUUAAAUGGAGCUCUUCUGUCUGACAGCGGGGAAUAUAUGUGCACUGUGUCUGAGUGGAGCAUGGAGAGCAAUGACAACCUGAAGAAAGUGAACAGCCAGUCACAGCAAGGCCAGGUUUCUGUUAAUUCUAUUGAUUCUCUCAUAAAAGUGAGCCUGAAAAGUCGUGACAUAAAUGCAUUUGAAAACUCGGUAAUAAAAUUGAUUUGUUCAGUAAAAGCACCUAAAGUUGCCUUAGCUGUGACUUGGAAGUUUGAACCACACAGUACAACUGCUCAAAAAGACAUUAUAUGUAGUGACCAGACUGGGGGCAUAUCCUGUGGAGCAGAGCAGCAGGACUAUCAGCUAGAAACUCAAGUGCGAGAAUUAGGCACAGAUUAUAUUCUCAAGGUGUUGAGAGCAAGUAAGCGGCAAGAGGGACGUUACAAGUGCCAGAUUGAUGCAUAUAACAAAAAUAUUCAGAAAAGCAAGAAACUGUCCAAUACACUGGCCGUCUCUAUACGCAGACCUGUCAGCAAACUGUUUGUCUCCACCACCUUUAAGUCUCCUCUGAACAUCCAAGCUAAUAGUGACAGACUGAUUGAUUGCUUGGUGACCUCAGCAACCUCUAAUUCUUCCCGUUUUGAGGUAACAUGGACACAUGGUUCACAAACUCUGCUGAAAAUGGAUCCAGAAGGGGUGGUCACUCUGGAGAUGGAUGAAAGAAUCAGCAUGAGAAGGACCAAGAGAGAGACCUUCCAAUUGAUGAUACAACAGGUGAAAUCAACAGACAGUGGACAGUACCACUGUUCAGUACAGGAAUGGAUUGAAGAUCCUGAUGGCAUCUGGUAUAGCCUUGACACAAAGUCUGUCACGAUGGAAAUAAAUGUCUUUGAAAAAGAAAGUGAUUUCAGCAUUGAUAAAUCUAAUGUUCAGUUGGAGGCCACAGAGGGAGAACAUGUGAAACUGAGCUGCUCACUGGGGCCUGGUGGACUUGACCCCACAUUUCGUUACUCUCUGAGCUGGUUCUUUCAAAAACAAGAUCAGAGUUUGUCCACAGUUAAGCUCCUUACCUACAGCCAUGAUGGACGUCUACAGUUCCAAGAAUCUGAUUCAGAACUUCAACAUAGACUUUAUUUCUCCAGACCCACAAUUAAUGUCUUCCAUCUGUCCAUCUUGAAUUCCAUCCCAUCUGACAGUGGAAGCUAUUACUGUCAGGUAGAUCAGUAUCAGGCUGAUUGUAAGAGCAAAUGGGAAAGGAAAGCAAGUGACAAAUCAGGUUUUAUCAAUGUCAGUGUACACGUUCUAGAGAGUAAGCUGCAAGUACACAAAGCCAGUCGCUUUCUCAACAUUAGUGAUAUUCAGACUGGCUUUAUGGUGGAAUGCGAGAUCAACUCCCGCUCCAGUGAUAAGUCUGUGUUUGAAGUGACCUGGUCCAGGAGGCAGAGAGAUGAACGUCCCCUGACCAUUUUCACUGCAAGUCGAGAUGGCACUCUACGUACUACAAUCCUUGAUAGAACUUUAGUGUAUGACCGACCCAGUACCACCCGCUACACACUCACUGUGCCCAAUGUUGAUCCCUCUGAUAAUGGCCAGUACCAGUGUCAGGUUGUGGAAUGGCUACAGACAGCUGCUAACACUUGGAGGAAGGUGGCUGAAGACAAAUCAGGAGAACUUUCUAUUAGUGUAGAGGCUGAGAUGAAAUCAAGUGUAGGUGCUUUCACUUUGGAGACUCCUGUCACUCAGAAGAACUCCAUAGAGGGAGAGCAGCUGAGCAUUAGUUGUUCUAUUAAUACUGAUAAAAUGGACCCCACCUUCCACUACACUCUCAUGUGGUUUGUGGAGAAACAGGGAUCCAGUGCCAACACUUUUUUACUAAGCCAUACCUAUAAUGGCCAUCUACAAUACCAAUCAGAGAACCAGCAGCUCACUGGGAGGCUACAGUUUUCUCGGCCCACAGACAAAACCUUUUAUCUUACUAUUUUAAAUUUGGAUCCAUCUGAUAGUGGAAACUACCAGUGCAGGGUUGAACAGUACCAGCUUGGCUGUGAAGGCAAGUGGGAAAAGAGAGGAUCUCCACAAAUGGUUUCAACUCUGGUCAAUGUGCACAAAAUAGAGAGUAAGCUGCAAGUACACAAAGUCAGUCGCUUUCUCAACAUUAGUGAUAUUCAGACUGGCUUUAUAGUGGAUUGCGAGAUCAACUCCCGCUCCAGUGAUAAGUCUGUGUUUGAAGUGACCUGGUCCAGGAGGCAGAGAGAUGAACCUCCCCUGACCAUUUUCACUGCAAGUCGAGAUGGCACUCUACAUAGUACAAUCCUUGAUAGAACUUUAGUGUAUGACCGACCCAGUACCACCCGCUACACACUCGCUGUGUCCAAUGUUGAUCCCUCUGAUAAUGGCCAGUACCAGUGUCAGGUUGUGGAAUGGCUACAGACAGCUGCUAACACCUGGAGGAAGGUGGCUGAAGACAAAUCAGGAGAACUUUCUAUCAACGUCCAUGAAGCUGUUUUAUAUGAAAAAGCAUGUUCAUCUGGAGUAAUACUGGGCAGCCUCAUUCCUCUGCUUUGCCUCCUGUUCGUGGUGGUCAUAAUUCUACUGAUUAAAGUUCAGAAGACAAGUUCUACUUCAAAAAAACAGAAGGACUCUCUGUGGGCUGAGAAUACCCCACUCAAUGCGAUUACAGAAACAGGUAAAGAGUAAAAUGUAUAAAGCUAAUCAAAUCAUAUUUUCACUGAUGCCCCAGCAGCCUGAAGUUUUUUACCAGUAAAAGUGUUUAAUGUGUCCAUACUAUGUUAUAUGAGAGUUCAGACAGUGAACUAUCUGCAUUUUAGAAUAACUAAUAAUAUCUUAAAUAAGGCUAUUUUUGUGAAAAUGAAAAAGUAUAUUAAUGAGCAUGUCUCAAACACUGAUAAGAUUAACAUAAUGAGGAAAAUGCAAAAAAAAUUAAUUAAAAAUUAAAAAUGAAACACCUUAAAUCAGUAGAAAUCUCUGGACUAUAUGAAAAAGUUAUACACUGAUUUUAGAAAUGAUAUCUUUGCAGUAAUUUUGAGCAUUACCUUUAUAAUAUUACAAAAUUGUAGAGAUACUGAUUCACAAACUUCAAGAUGUGGUGACAGCAACAAUUACAGCCCAUCUGUAAAGAGUAAUGUUUGAUGGCAUAAAUAGUAAGGAAGCUUUAAAAUGAAUAAAGACAUGAUUUUAAUUUUCAUAGUAUUAUAGUAUUACAGUACAUUCCAACCUAAAAUUGGUUCAUUAAAUAACGAGAUUGUGUUCCUAUGUAUGAUUUUAUCCAUGUGUCAGACACAGUUGUUUAAAAUGUGGGAGGCCGCUGUAGUUGUCACAUCAUGUAAAAAGGAAGUUUUUUGUGGUAAUGUGCCGCACAAAGACAUUUGACUAACGUCUUGUGGUUUGUGCUGUCAUGUAAGCAGUACAACAAACAAAAAAUGGAGAACAAAUACACACACAGCAGAACAGAACAUUUCUAAAUAAAGUUAAUGCAUAAAUAGCUGGAAUACCUGUAUAUAAAAUGUAUGGCAUAUAACAGAGUAAUUUUCAUUCAGGUUUGUUUGUUUUUUCAUGUGUGUGUAGAAUUUUUAAUUUUAUAUAUCCUCCUGAGAACCAACCCAUAGACUUGCAUCCUCUGUAGUUGACAUUUGUUUUACAUGCACACCCUCUUCCUCUUUCAAGCUAUUCACUUGAAUCCUGAGUACAUCCUGGGCUUUCCAAUCAUGUGACUAGGAGGGUUGCUGAGAAAUUCCUAGUAAGGAAAUCACAACAAAAGAGAAAUUGAGAGACACAUUUUUUUCUUGGUUCCCAGGAGGAUAUAUAUAUAUAUAUAUAUAUAUAUAUAUAUAUAUAUAUAUAUAUAUAUAUAUAUAUAUAUAUAUAUAUAUAUAUGAAAAUGAUAUUACACGGUUGCCUGAAGAUAUAAAGUUUAUCUUCGAGUGGUGAACAUAUUCACAAGUGAGCAAAGUGAACAAGUGAAAAUAUUUUCAACACGAUAAGAUAAACUUCAUAUCUUCACGUCACCAUGUAAUGUUCUUUAUAUUAUAUGGACACAUCCACAAAAAGAAUAUAUGGAAGUUAAUCAAAAUAAUUUUAAUUUUGAACUGGUUCACCAUUUUGACAACAGUGGGAAAACACUGGGAGUAACAUCAUCGGAGUGAAAUAUCAUGAAAUAUGUCACUCACAUUCACAAUGUAUUUCAGAUGAAAAAUGUGAGUUUUUCAACAUGUGAAGAUAAACUUCAUAUCUUCAAGCCAAAGUAUGAUGUUCUUUUUUUAUACAGACACAUUCACAAACAAAAAGUACCCAAAUUUAUCAAAACAAUUCAUUGAUUUCUUUACAAGUGGCAUACAGAGAUUUAUGUUAGGGUUUUCGUUCUCCAAGUCCCGGCUGUAGCUUGUAUGAAAAAUACGAGUGGCGUAUUUCCCAGCAAUACACUUGUGUCCAUAUAAUAUAAACACUUAUAUUGUAACAUAUUUACUUGCAGUGAAUGUAUUACAAACCACGUGUGCACACUUGUCACCACCCAAAAAAACUAAAUAUAUGUUGUUGUUGUUGUUGUUGUUGUUUUCUAAAGAAAGCCACUUUUUAAACAUGAAGUCUGGCUUUUUUUUUAAAUAGAGUAUCCUUUUCAAGGGAAGAGGUUUACAGUAAAAGUUUAAACAUUUUAAAGUUUUUUUUUAAGGUUUAAAAUUUUGUACAUGGAUCUUAUAGUGAGUCCCAAGAGACCUUAAUUUCUUUAUAGUUAUUUCUUUGCAGGGCGGCACGGUGGUGUAGUGGUUAGCGCUGUCGCCUCACAGCAAGAAGGUCCUGGGUUCGAGCCCCAGGGCCGGCGAGGGCCUUUCUGUGUGGAGUUUGCAUGUUCUCCCCGUGUCCGCGUGGGUUUCCUCCGGGUGCUCCGGUUUCCCCCACAGUCCAAAGACAUGCAGGUUAGGUUAACUGGUGACUCUAAAUUGACCGUAGGUGUGAGUGUGAAUGGUUGUCUGUGUCUAUGUGUCAGCCCUGUGAUGAUCUGGCGACUUGUCCAGGGUGUACCCCGCCUUUCGCCCGUAGUCAGCUGGGAUAGGCUCCAGCUUGCCUGCGACCCUGUAGAAGGAUAAAGCGGCUAGAGAUAAUGAGAUGAGAUGAGUUAUUUCUUUGCAGUCCUUUGCCAUUUUGUCUUUUGCCAUAUGAUUACAUAAUUAUGGAUCACAACAGAUUUUCAUUAAAAAGUCUACUGAAUAUAAAUCAAGACUGAAUGAAUAUGAACGUAGAGUAGCUAAUCAUUCAAUGUCUACAACAAAUGUUUUGGAAAUAAAAAUUGACUGUGAGUGUG